AUGAACUCCCAUGACCAGAUUCCGCUGAUCGACAAGGAAAAUCCUUUUUACUGCCCGAGCUUCCCAGCUGCAGCAUAUCUGGCUACCCUCCGGCAAGCUCGUAAAUCGAAUCCUUUCCUUUUUCAAGACAUCUCUCUGCGCUCUUUUUUCUGGAAAAUCGGUCUCUGCUUCACAAAAGAAAACCAAAAUUAUACCAGCAGUUCCAUCGCUCACAAUAACCUAAAUGCACCUUUAUGGCCGAGUAGCCCGGACGUUCAAUCGCCAAUCAUUCUCGCACGAAAUCAAGUCUCAGAUGAUUCGCCAGUAUUACGACGUGGAUCAACUGGGCUGGCAUGGCGGAGAGCUUCUACGCGCGUUACGAAGCGUCCUCGAGAUUCUUCCGAGCCUGAAGAUCCUAUCUUUUUUGGAGGACCGUCGAAACGAGGUCGUUCUUCACAAUCCAUUCAUACAAGCCCUGUUGACAAUAGUGGAAUCGAACCGUUGUCUUAUACUUUGCAUCAUCACGAUCCACUCGCGGUAUCAUAUCAAGACGUUCCAAGGACUUUCCCAGGUGUCCCUCUUUUUUCCUUCAGGAAACGUUCACCUUCGCUCCUACUCCGAGUUCUCCCUCUUAAAUACUUAACAUAUACAUAUACUGACUAUAUGCGAGAUGAGACACCAGUAGACCUUUCUUACCUAGUGAAUCGCCUCGAAAUGGUCAUCCCGGGCACAGGUGUGCACCAAACGUUCCUCGGAGACCCUCUGGCCGUUCUGCACCUCACCCACCAGAAAAUCACAAACGUUCUGGCAGACCGGGGACUCCUUACCGAAAUUGUGUUGACGCUCCUGCGAGGUGGCAAUAUCGAUAGAUUGGUGUUAGGUCCUACGAUGUGCGAGGAAGAUGGGCUAAAUUUACAUUCUGGCAAUCUUUUACGCGUAUUCAGCAAACCUGGUUACUACUUGACGCUCAAGGAGCUAGUUCUCGAUGGCGCCCACUUGGAACGCGAUUUCGACCUCGUCCACAUCCAACAACUUCCUAACCUAGAAAAACUCCAUCUCGAGGGGACUGAUAUCGGAAACGAAGCAGUAUUCUUACUGGUCACCCUCAAAGAGAAGUUAUAUUAUCUGAACCUUGCACACAAUCCGAAGAUCGACGACGACGCAAUACUUGCUAUCCUCCUACUUACCAACCUUGGGUAUCUUUCGAUUCAGGCAACUGGAAUCGAUAUGCCUGGCUUUCGCCGGCUCGCAGCGGUAAUCCACGCCGAGGAUCGCGUCAUUGACAUUGAAAUUCCAUUCAGAUGCGAGAAAUACAUCGAUAACUUGCACAAGCAAUACCUCGUCGAUCCUGCGUUGCCUCUCAUCACUGAUCCCUUGGCAUGUCCAUUGUUAUCAGAUGUCGCGCUCAUCCGCAACCUUCAAGCUCACGCCGACGUCAACCCCUCGAUUGUACCGACAGGAACGCGUUUAGAGAUGAUUGAAAGAUUGAAGAAGCUCUUGGAACGAAGGCAGAUGGACCUUGUUGUGCGUAGUAUGAUUUGCGGGGAACCUUAG